GCCGAGGACAAGUACAGGAUAUGGAUGAGACAUCGCUACAAGGACUGCGUGGAGUGCCUGGGGGAGCUGAUGGGACACGACUCCUUCCAGGUCAAGGAAUUGUCACUCUGCACCCUCAUGAAGUUUGUUGAAUUGGAGGGACAAUAUCCACUGAUCAAAGUAGAGUGGAAGGGGACAUUAACUUUUCCUUGCGACCUUCUUAAGGUAGUUGUUGAUGGUUUGCUUCCCAUAAAUGAGGAUGCUUCACUCCUGAUCUCUCGCUUUCAAGAGUACAUGGAGUAUGAUGACGUUCGGUACUUUGUCAUGAAGGCAGUCACUGCCAGCAUUGGACAAGUCAUGCAGAAGACAAAAGAGAGGCCGCUGCCCUUUUACCAGCAGAAUGUAUUUUCCCUCAUUUCGCCCAUUAACAUGCCAAACAAAGAGUCUGACAUGGUGAAGUUUAUGGUGAAGCAAGAUAACCGUGAGGAAUUAAAAAUGUCGAAGCUGCAGGCACACAGGCAGGUGUUUGAAAAAAUGUGGCUCACGUUUUUGAAGCACAAGCUGCCCAGUGGCCUUUACAAAAAGGUCCUUGUCAUUCUGCAUGACUCUGUUCUGCCUUACAUGAAUGAACCCACUCUCAUGAUGGACUUCUUGACAGUGGCCUAUGGCAUAGGUGGAGCAAUCAGUCUUCUAGCCCUAAAUGGAUUAUUUAUUCUGAUUCAUCAGCAUAAUCUGGAGUAUCCUGACUUUUACAAAAAGCUGUACAGUCUGUUAGACCCUUCUAUCUAUCACGUGAAGUACCGAGCUCGCUUCUUCCACCUGACUGAUCUGUUUCUGUCUUCAUCUCACUUGCCAGCGUACCUGGUGGCAGCGUUCAUAAAGCGACUCUCCCGGCUGGCGCUCACGGCUCCUCCCGAGUCCCUCCUCAUGAUCAUUCCCUUCAUCUGCAACCUCUUCCGAAGGCACCCUGCGUGCAAAGUGCUGGUGCACAGACCUGGUGGGCCAGGAGAUAUGUCAGAAGAUCCAUAUAUUAUGGAGGAGGAGGAGCCAUCUGAAAGCAGGGCCUUGGAGAGCUCCCUCUGGGAGAUUCAGACUCUACAAAACCAUUACCAUCCAGAUGUGGCCAAGGCAGCUGCUGUCCUGAACCAGUCGCUGUCUGAAAUGGAGGAUGACAUAUCAGGACUGCUGGAGCUCUCAGCUUAUGAGCUUUUUGAUAAAGAAGUAAAGAAAAAGGCUGUCGAUGUGCCCCUGGAAUUUGAGCAAGUGCGAGGUUUGUUUGGGAAGAAAAAUGAUAUUUUUGCAGAGCACUUCAGUUUAGAUUGAUGCAUCCUCUUAUGAACACCUCUGUGCCACUGACUGAUCUUAGGGACAUGCACAAAGCUCAUGAGUUGUGCUCAGAAUUAUUCCAUGUGAUGAGAGCUGGACUGCUUGGCAGAAGUGCAACUUUCAGUGACCUUUGCCGCUUCCCCUGGAUGGACUCUCCUGUGUUUCUCAUGCUUGCAUACUGCCACCUGGUAUUUGGGAGGGAUUUUUCCUCUGAGCAAGGCUUUCUGGACAUGUUCAUUGCUG